AUGGCACCCCGUCCGACUCAUUGUGAUUCCUUGGAAAACGCCGCCGCCCAACUCCCCCGAGGUGGCACAGGGUCCCGACCCAGGAGCCGCCGUCACUUCCCCUCAUUUCCUUCCAGGACGAGGGGCCCGGAUGCCGACGGCGAGUACGCCGUGUACCCUAUUGGCUGGAGACGACUGCAGUUCCGAAUUGCAACGGCGAACAAUGGCAGACGGAAGGAGCUCCAGCAACACUUUGUCCUACACUUGAAGGUAGUUGGCACUUUGACCAACGGCAACAAGGUUGUCUUGACCGAGGCGACGACGUCGCCGAUUGUCGUGCGAGGACGAAGUCCCCGCAACUUUCAGGCUCGCAAGGAGAUUCCACUUUUGGGAUCUAGCGCAGGGUCGCGCGGACAAGCUCUGGUUGAGACUGGACAGGGCAUCGUGGCAGGACCUCUGAGCGCUAAGCCGAUCGAUGUCAAGGCCAGAGGCAUCGACAUGCAGAUGCCGCGAGCCGCGUUCACCUUCAACGGGGGUGGGCCCAAAAUGCCGGGCAACCAAAUGGGGACCAUGAGAUCGAACUCUUACCCCAACUGGACCUCGCCUGGCCAUGUGUCCAUGUCCCACAUCCCGGUGACUGGUGCAGGCCGCCGCUCGUUCUCGUACGGCCACUCGACGACGGCUCCGCCACCGCUGUCCAUACCGACAAGCGCCGACGCCGCACUGAACAUACCCCGGAGAGCUCCCGGCCCCCGGAUAUGGCGCGGAUUCGACGUCGAUUCCUCACUCGGCACCGCAAGGGACUACUACCCCCCUUCGACCACUUGGACGACAACGGCUGGCGAAGCAAAUGCGACAGUGGCCUAUACGAGCAGCGACAAUCGGUCGUACUCGUCUCCGGGCCAGUACAAGAGCAAUGCUCCAGCGGUGCCGGUCAAAAAUGAGCAAGGGGCCCCGCCGCCAGGCUCAGGCGCUGUGUACAACGGUCCGCCCCGUGGAUCGUUUGACGCGAUGAACCACUACUCGUGGCAUGCCAUCUGA